CCGCAAUUGUUGCAUCUGGCUUCAACCGCAAGCUCCUACAAGGCCAUUGUCCAAAGGCCACUCAAUCGUCAAAAUCUGUCGCAACUGCCAUACGUGACCCAAGGCAGCCUGUGCAAAUCCCCAUCCAGACAAACCUUUCUCUGCGUGGCUCCUCACCUCGACCUUGAACCUCGACCGCCUCUCCGCCCCCGCAUGACGACGGUAUCACGGCCCCGAUGGCACCAUCCGCGGCGAACCCGACGGCUCCGGCCGCUAACGGACAGUCCGCCGCCCCCGCCGACGAUGUCCCGAUAGGACCUGUCACCGGCCUGUCUGACAUGGCCACCCAGUAUAUCUCGGAGCAGACACUACAACAGAGGCUCAAGGCCAUAGCGUACGAAGAGGCAAAGGACGACCAUUAUAGGAUAAGAGGCGUCCAAUUGAUUGACAACGUCCGCGAGGCACUGCAAUUACCCAUCAAGACAUUCGAUACCGCAGCGAUAUACUACCACCGAUUUCGGAUCAGGUUUCCAAGUAGCGAAUACAACUAUGAAGAUGUUGCACUUGCCGCUUUGUUUGUGGCCUGCAAGUCUGAGGAUACCAUCAAAAAGUCACGAGAUAUUCUCUGCGCUGCCCAUAACCUACGGUCCCCCCACGACAAGAAGACACCUGAUGACAAGCAUUUUGAUGCCCCCUCCAAGUUCACGAUAGGACUUGAACGCCACAUUCUCGAAACCAUCGGCUUCGACUUUCGAGCGCCAUACCCGCAGAAGUUGUUGAUCAAGAUGGCCAAGAAGCUGGUACCGGAAGGGGAGCGCAACAUGAAGUUUCCACGGGGAGAAUGGAGCACGCUCACUUCAUCGGAAAAACUACUACAUACGGCCUACGACAUGUCCAUUGACAUUUACAAGACCUUCGUGCCCAUCAAGCAGACAGCCCUCACCAUGGUGUUGUCUAUUGUGAGACUCACGGCCAUGUUGAUGGAACAAAGCUUGGAGCCGCCGAGGUUCAAAACGAAGGUGGCAUCGCGUACGCAAGAAGCGUGUGUGUAUGAGACGAUGUUGGAUCUUAUGGAUCUAUACACCACCCACCCACGUUCCACCAAGGUCGGACUCAACUACGAGCUUCAGCACCUGAUGGAUGUCAAGAUCGAGAUCAACAAGAGAAUGACAGCCGAAGGCUUUCAGCGAUACAACGCCAUGUGCAAAAAGUGCACCGAUCAACCUGACAACCGUUCUGUCACGCCGGGGUCCGUAAACUCGCCAGCAACCAACAUCUCCGGGACCGGGGGGACCUCAGUUAAGCGCAAGAGGGCGAACAGCGAAGGCACCCUGCGCUUUGUGUUUGACGCGGGAGCUGCCCGCCAGGAACGAAAUCUGGCUGCGACAUAUUUCAACGACGAAUACGAGGAGUACGAGGUGGAGGUGGAAGAAGAGAUCAAGGUCCCACCAACUGAUCCCCGGCAUAACGCGGGCGGCGGACGGGGCAGCCAUCACGGGCACCACGGUGGCCACCACAACAAUCGACACGACUACGGCUACCACAACAGAGGCGGUAGGCACCCAUAUCACGAUAACCGACACAGGGGCAACCGGCGAGGAGGCGCUGGGAUGAACUAGAGGUCUGCGCCGAGGUCGGGCUAGGCGUCUCCUCCGGGUAUUGGACACGGCCAGCCGACACCGGACCAGCCUUUUCCUCCUGGGCCUCAGUUCACGUUGUCUAUUCGGCCAAAGCCAUCUGAAAAGCCCAAAGAACCUGUACCUGAAACGCCGAAAGAACCCGCGAUUGGAAAGCCCAAAGAAGCAAUACCCAAACAGGCCAAAGAACAACUGACAACACCUCAGAAGAGAGUCGUCCCCGACGAAGCCAAUAUGCCAGGCUCGCCGAGUGCAAAGCGCCCUGCCGUGGCACACACUGCUGCUGUGUACCGUGCCGUGCCGCAGCCCUACGGUCAUGCCCAUCCCAAGCAGCCUGUGGCUCAGGAUCCCUACCACGUCACGUAUUCCGCCGGCGGUGGGCCAUCGGGGUAUGCGCAUCUGGGGAGAGUGGUGCCUCAAGCAUUCUUCAACAGGCUCAGGGGCCGGCGCUUCGUAAGAGACAGGACCCAUCCGUGGCAAGACCCCAGUAGUGCCACGACAGGGCGGACAAGAAGUGGAUAUGUAGGAAGGAACGAGUUGCCUCCUUGGAGGCGAGGUGGUAGUCUUGUGCCUGCGGCGGAGGUGCAGGGUCAACAGCAGGGCAGCGCGUCGGGUGAGACGGAAGGUCCACCACAACAGACCGAUGCGCCGGACGAGAAGCAGGAGGGCGCUACCAAGGAUGAGGAAGAAGGUGCAGCAGCACAGGAUCAGGAGCAGAAGAAAGACACAGCAGAAGAUGAGAAGCCUGAGGGAUAGAAAGACAUGUUGUCAUGCUGGGUGUGUUAUUGGUGUUUGGAGUCUACGGGAGUUCAGAUCAGCGGAUGAUGAUUGAUACCCAAAACUACACCACAAGACGGUGAGGCGGCUUGAUGUGCAGGUUUUGGAAAAGAGACAAGGCAUUGCUGCUGCUCAAAGUGUAUAAAUUCUAGAUGAAGACGUUGGGUUGGGGGGGUCGUUCGUUCCCGAAAGCGAGAAAAUAGUACCUAAC